UAUGGCGUAGAUUAGGGGUGUCAAAUUUAGUUCAAAGAAGACAAAAGGACUCCAGUUUGAUCAGGUGUGGCUGAAACUCAACUGCGCAGAGCUCCGUCUCUUCAGGAACUGAGUUUGUCGCCUGUGGCCUAGAUUAUAAAUUUGCUUUCACUUUCUUAUUCUUUCAACCUCAACCCCUUCCUUGGUUAAGUGUGGCGUUAAGGUGAUCAACCUUUGUUCAGUAAGAUUUCUAGGAACAACUGUAGGCUACUCAAGAUAUAAGCGAACGUUUUUUAUCCCUUCACUUCAGAAUAUAAUGUUGAGUAGAAUUUUUUAUACAAUCGUAACACCUGAAAAUGUGGAACAAACAGCUCAAGAAUUCAAGAAAAAUCUAAAGAAGAAGAUAAAAAAUGUUAGAUUAAAAAACCCUGAGGAGGGACAUCGCAAAAAGACAAGAGAAACGCCCAGUGAUGUUUACCUGGCUUUCUGUCCAGUAGUUUCUGACACUAAAACUAACAUUGAUGCAACACUCAAGAAUAUUAAAGUCGAUAAGCCGACCAUUUUAGUGGUGCUUCAUCAAACACUUGAGAAGGAGGCUGUUGUGUCAAAAAGCAGUACAUUUGUGGAAAGGGAGAAUACGCUUGUUCUUGACUGUCUGUUCUACGAUGGUAAAGGCUUGCUUGCCUGUAAAAAAAAUGAGGAGGCUUAUAAAGAAGCUGCAGUGUGGAUAAAAUCAAAUAAAAAAUUGCUGCAGCAACGUAGGAACCGUUCUUCAAAGAAAAACCAAAAAGUAGCUGAUGACAAUUCAAGCCGCAAGCAGGACACAUCCUCCCCAGAUGUCCGGUCUGGUAGAAAUGAUCAUAAUAGAGAUGAACGCAAAAAACGUGAUGCCUCCAAGAAAAAAACGAAAACUUGUGUUUUUCUCUGAACAGUGGAAUUGAUCACAUCAGGCAAGCAAUGCAAAAUGCGACAAACUUUAAAAUUUAAAAUUCUGCACAUCUGUAUUGGAAAACAACAUGGUGGAUGAAUUUUUUUAUUGUUUCAUAUGUUUUAAAUGCAUUUUUAUUACAAAUGUUGAAAAUAAUCCUAGUCUAGAUUUAUAAUGUAACCCACUACACUACACUGGGCCUGUUUUCAGUAUGUUUCCUCAAGUGAUUGUAUUAGCAUGGUCAACAAUCAUCAAAAGAACAGUGUAAUAAGGUGUGAUGGUCACUAUCAUGCAGCAUUUGGCACCUUGAUUUCUGAUAUGUGAUUCAAUGUGCACAUGGUGUGAGAGGAAGAAAGCAAGAUUAUCUGCUUGCUUAAAGUCUGCAUGAACUCAAAAUGUACAAUGUUCAUUUUACUACUACAAAUUGUUAGUCUUUAUGCGAACAAUUAAUCAGUUACAGUUUUUCUCCAUUGGUUUGGCUCAUUUCUUGAAACAGAAAUUACAUUCUCAAAAUUCUAAGAUCAUUUGGCAAAACAGUGUUACAGUUUAGCACAACACUAUAGCUCACUUGCAAAAGCUCAUACCUCUCCCAAAACAGUUCACUCAUGCAUCAAAACUAAAUUCCUUUCCCAUAUAAAAAGUCAGUGCCACAAAAAUCCUUCUUAAUUGGUUUGGCUUAUUUCUUGAAACAGAGUGGACAUUCUCAACACUCUUGUUGCUUUUGCCAAAAUAAUGUGGAUGGUCGGCACAACACCAUGGUUUAACUGCAACAGCUCAUACCUUUCCCAAAACAGUUCACUCAUACUAUAUUUUCUUCUCAUUUAAACAGUCAGUGCCACCAAAAUGCUUCGUCCCUUUAGCAUUGUGUGAGCACUGCAAUUCAAAAAUGUUUAGAUGUUUUGUCAUUAUGGCAAAGGAUUACUAAAAUAUCCCUCAUGUGCACCUUACAGUCUUAGCCCAGUCCUUCAUUGACAAUGGUUACUGUACUGUUUUAUAUAGCUAACAGAAUACAACUGUAUAAAACUGAAAAAAUUGGAUUUUAGGGAAAGAGUAGCUUCCAAGGUUUGACGUCACACAUUGCACUCAUACUGCCAAGGAAAUGGUAACUAUUUUUUUUUUAUUGUAACGAUCAACCACACACAAAGUAACUUGCGUAAAUCAGAGCAAAACGAAACUGUAUACAGCAUAAUAAACUGUAAUAUAAACACACAAACAUAAAACUAGAGUGCUAUAAAUAAAGCUGGAGUUUCUUAACAGUUCUUCACUGCCCGCUGUCCUCACCCUCCUGACCAUCCACAUGCUGCAGUCUGUGUGGCCACAGAUUCCCGUCCACAUCACAGCGUAUAUAUUCCCUUGCGAUGCAACGAGGGAAGAAACGGCGUGAAUGCCGCAACUGUCCCCUACAAUGAUCAAAUGUUCCAAGGAUUCACCUACUGUAUGGUAUUCAUGGUAUUAUGGUCUUGACUAAUUUUGACUAUUGAACAGACUAUUGUGCGUGUAAUGACAUAUACAAUGAAACGACGCUGACACAUUUUGCAGAGAACAACCAUUAGACUGAGAAUCAACAAUCAGUUUAGAUACACAUGAUCUAUUUACUUGGAAAUUGUGCUAAAUGUAGGCUAUCUGUACUUAAUCAUUUGCAAAGAUGCACUUAGACAUUUGCAAUUUGAUGAAAUGAAUGAGAAAUUCAAUUCUGUUUUGAACAGCUGCCAAGUGGUUUGGAGGUUUGUCCAUGUUGAUUUGAGAAUGUAGUUUCUGUUUCAAGAAAUGAGCCAAACCAAUGGAGAAAAACUGUAAUACACUGAGAAAAAAAACACACUAUUUGGUAUGGUAUAAUCAAAAUCUGUUUCCACUCUGGAACGGCAGUCCUUCUAGAUGAUGUCAGUUUUACAGAUUAGAUGAAAAAUGCUCACCCCUAACCAUUAGUUUGCCGCAAAUGAAAAAUAAGAGGACGAGCACAAAAAUAAUACCCCGCCCCCGACUCAAUAUUCCCCUUUAGUUGGAAAUAUAUAAUCAGACACAGCAACUUCCGUCUCACACAGAUUUUAAUCAUUUUUUUGAUAAUCACAUUUUUUAUUAUUAUUAUUAUUUUGUGUCAAUACCAAAAAAAAAUUGUGUUGCUUUUUUUGGGUUUUGUGUUAUGGGUGUGUAUUUUAAAAUUUUCUCUGUGAUUUGUGCUUCGGGUAAUGAAGAAUAUUCUGGAUAUUCUAUAUUACUAUUUUUAUUUUUAUUUUAUUUUAUUUUUCAUGUUCUAUCAGAUCCCAAAUUAAUCAACAUAUAAUAUCUACCAUCAACAUGUUUGCAUCAGAGGGUUAAUAGGGUGUUUAUUCAUUACAAGUUGAAUAAAUGUAUUGUACAUUUUACAUAAACAAUAAAAUGUCAAAUAAAUAGGGCAUUAAGAGGAAGAAAUGCAAUAUUUGUUUGACAAUUAAAAACAAUGUGUACUUUUUUGUAUUUUCGUAAGUUUUGUAUAGCUCUUUUGGUUGUGUCUUAUAUUAAUACUUUUCUCUGAUUUCUGCAACAGGCAAUUAAAAAUACUUUUGAUAUUCUAUCUCAA